AUGCAACUCAAGAAAUACAUCCCGGACUUCCUACUACCCACCGACGAGCCACAGGCGCCCGUGCGGAUCUACGACGUCCCUGUGCACCGCGGCCUCUUCCAAAAGGCCCAACCUGGCAACAAACAGGCCAUCUCGUCAAACCGCAAUAACUCGGUCGCAAGCACGGUGAGCGAGCGAUCCCAGGCAUAUAGUCGCACCGGGUGGCGUCCUGGUAUGGCUUUCCGUCACUAG